AUCUAACGAUAUACUGGCAAGCGGGGUGGCCAGUGGGGUGGCCAACCAAUUUAUAGGGGUGGCCGUGGCCACCCCUGGCCACCCCCUGGUGGCGCCACUGAGUAGGAGUAGCGUUUCUCCUUCACAAAUCUACUCCAGUAAAUGUACUCGUAGGAAGACAUUUUUGUCAAAAAAGUUACUCAAGUAAUGGAAGAAUUGUAAUGCAUCACGACCCACCAUUGUAUAUCGGUCGACCUUUCCAUAGAAGGGUUUGUUUACUAGCGGUGCCAUUGAAGAAAGCUAAUGUUUGGGUCGCUGUCAUCCUGCCGUUGCAAACUCUUAAGCUUUUUACGGGGACGCGGGGGUUGAAAAGUCUUUGUUGCUGUUUUGUAACAUCAAGCAGCAGGCUGGUAAAAGUCAGACCUCAGGGAAAAGAUUUUUUUGUGUCGCUUAUAAAGCAGCUGUUCACUUGUGCUUGUGUUCUGCAGGCAAACCUUUCUGAAUAUUUGCCGCUUGCACGCACCGGGCCUUGGGGGGCCGCCAUACUGCGGCAGGUGCCACGGGCUCAUAAAAACAGGCACGCCAACACAAACGCGCACGCACGCAGAGUGUUUCAGCCACUUUAAUUGGGGAUUUGAGGCUCUUGUCCUUCUCGCCGCGAUUUGCUAAAAAUAUUCCGGCGGCGACAAGUGUCGCGGAACAGAACUGGGACAUACGCCGGGCCUGAAGGACGGCCGCUCGGUUACGGCGAUACGCGCGGCACCUGUUGCCGGCGAGGCUUCAUCGCGCCGCAGCUCGGCGACGACAGCAGAGGAAGUCGAAGAGCGGAGGAGUGGGAAUGGUUGUUAUUGUUUUUUGAGCAAGAUGACGAUCGGACAGAGGAGUGAGACGGCGCCGAGACCAAAAGAGCAGACUAUGACAAAGGAGAUACGAACUGGACCGGACUAGCACGAGACCACCAGACACGAGAUUGACUCAAACUCCACUACAGCUGGUUAUGAUCCUGUGCACUCACGCACUUACACGAAAGGGGGCAAGAUGUUUGUGGAGUCUGUGGUUCGAUGGGCGGCGUGGGGCAUCCUGAUCCAGACGGGACUGGGCGUCACCGCAGGAGGUUGUCCUCCUCGCUGUUCGUGUCGGCCAGAAACGAAGGAAGUCAUCUGCUCCGGCAAACAUUUCACCUCCAUCCCAGACGGCUUUUCUGGCGAUGCGAGACGUGUGGAUUUAUCCUACAACAAGAUUCGGACCGUGGGACGCCGCCAGUUCUAUAACCUCCAUGAACUUCAAGAUCUGGACCUGAGUGAGAAUAUGAUCUCUAUGAUCGAGGUGGAAGCUUUCCAAGGACUCCAGAAUCUCAGGACGCUUCGGAUUAAGAACAAUCGACUGAAAAUCCUCCCUGUUGGAGUUUUCUCCGGCCUGUCCGAUCUACGGUUUUUGGAUCUGAGCCAGAAUGAGCUCCUCGUCUUCUUAGACUACACCUUCAGAGAAACGGUGAACCUGCAGACGCUGGAUGCCGACGAGAACGACUUGGUGUUUGUCUCGCAGCGAGCUUUUUACGGUCUGCAGAGUUUGCAGGAGCUCCACAUCGAUCGCAGUAAUUUGACUUCCAUUCCUACUGAGGCGCUGUCUCAGCUCCAGAGCCUCACGUAUCUCCGCAUGCUCCGACUGACCAUUUCCGCACUGCCCAACAACGCUUUCCGCCGCCUGCACCGGCUACGCACCCUCAUCUUGGCGAACUGGCCAUCAUUGGACACGGUGGCUAGCAACAGCCUGGUCGGACUCAACCUGACCGCUUUGGUCAUCAGCGGGUGCAACCUCAGCACGGUGCCGUACUCGGCUUUGCGGCACUUGGUUUACCUGCGCUUCCUGGAUCUGUCCUACAACCCAAUCACCGUUAUUCAAGGUAAUCUAUUGCGGGACCUUGUCAGACUCCAGGAGUUGCACUUAGCUGGGGGGAACCUGCUGCGGAUAGAUCCUGGAGCCUUCAAGGGCCUCGCCUCACUCCGCAUGCUCAACUUGACAUCCAACCAGCUCACCACUUUCGAGGAAAACACGUUGCAUUCGGUGGGGAACCUCCAGGUGCUGAGGUUAGACGGAAACCCUCUUUCCUGUGACUGCCGUCUGCUCUGGGUGGUCCGUCGGCGAUUACGCUUGAACUUUGACGGACGUCAGCCCACGUGCUCAUCCCCCGAGACGGUAAGGCAGCGAGAAUUUAGAGACUUUUCCGAAAAAGAGCUGCCAAGACUGUUCACUUGCCGGCCCGCUCGGAUCCUGGACCGUAGGCCCCAGGAGGCCAGAGUGGAGGACGGAACCACGGUUCUCUUCUCCUGCAAGGCCGAAGGGGAUCCCGCUCCAUCCAUUACCUGGAUCUCCUCCCACAAGAAUGUGGUUACGCCGGUGGGAAGAAUCAGAGUCCUACCCAACGGUACUCUAGAGGUGCGGUUUGCGCAGGUCCACGACAGCGGCAUCUAUCAGUGUCAGGCCAGCAACGCUGCUGGGAAUGACAGCAUAUCAGUUGGCCUCUAUGUGAAGGGAGGCUCGCGCAACCGGACCAUCCCGUUCUUCACCGAAGAGGACUGGUCGGAGCCUCCGAUCCCCCAAGCUACUAACUCUUCAGCCCAAAUGGCCAAGCCAUACCCCUUUGACGCAAAGACGCUGAUCAUCGCCACCACCAUGGGUUUCCUAUCCUUCCUCAGCUCGGUGGCCAUUUGCUUUAUUUUCAUGUUCUUCUGGAGCCAAAGCAAAGGCCAAAUCAAACACACAGCCACCAUCGACUUUGUUCCUCGCUCCUCCAUGGGUGGUGGAGGGGACGGCGGGGAUGGCGGCAGGUUCACCAUGAAACUUAUCUAAAGUCAACUGCUACUAUAGAAACAUUUUCAGAGACAGUUUCUUGGACUUCCUCCAACUUAAAAGCAGGGGUUCUCAAACUCAUUGACUGCCAUUGACAGUGCUAGGCUUAAGCUGUAAUAUUAUGGAAUUGGAAGUCAAAGUAAACUGAAAAAUUCUAUUCAAUUCACAAAAUAAGAUGUAUUAUCUGAGAAAAUACACAUUUUAAUCUAUUCAAAAAAGCACUUACCGUAUUGGCCCGAAUAUAAGACAGUGUUUUUUGCAUUGAAAUUAGACUGAAAAAGAGGGAGGUCGUCUUAUAUUUGGGCCAAUACAUGUAGUAUUGUAGUAUCCAGUAUAUGGUACUACAGGAUAAAGGCUGCCCUCUAAUGGCUAAGUCAGAACCUAGAGGCAACACAGGCACCAAUAAACCCAUGUGAUGUGUGUGCUUGCCUUCUUUUGGCAAAUUCUUAACCUACAGAAGGCUGCCCUCUACUGGUUUUGGCUUCUAACUCCAAUUCCGCAAUUAGUGAAUCAGCCCUGAUACAAAAAAUAAAAUAAAAAAUUAAGCUUCGAGGACCGGUGCGUAUACAUACACCCGUAGAAUAUACCUACCAAAUUUCAUUGUGAUCUGUCCACUAAUGAGAACGGAAUGACCCAAAAUGAUGGUGUACACUAGGGCUGUCAUAAUUAUCGCGUUAACGGGCGGUAAUUAAUUUUUUAAAUUAAUCACGUUAAAAUAUUUGACGCAUUUAACGCACAUGCCCCGCUCAAACAGAUUAAAAUGACAGCAGAGUGUAACGUCUGCUUGUUACUUGUUUUUUGGUGUUUAGCGCCCUCUGCUGGCGCUUGGGUCCAACUGAUUGACAUCAACAAUGGCGAGCUAUUAGUAUAUUUUUUGAUUGAAAAUUUUACAAAUUUUAAUAAAACGAAAACACUAAGAGGGGUUUUAAUUAGAGAUGUCGAUCGGGUCCGAUCACUUCAUUUUCAAAGUAUCGGAAUCGGCAAAAAAAUAUCGGCCAUGCCUUUUUUUAAUAUAUAAAUAUUUGUUAAUUAAAUCAUUUUCUAAUUGUAUUUAACGUUACAGACAUAAUAUGUUACACUUAUCCGGUCUUUAGUUUAGGCUUAAGGUAGGGUUAUCAAAUUUAUCCCAAUAACGGCGGUAAUUAUUUUUUUAAUAAAUGUAUCACAUUAAAAUAUUUAAAGCAUUUAAUGCAUGCGCUGCACGACCGACUCACGCAUUGUGACGCUCCAUCUGUAAUGGCGCCGUUUUGCCAAUAUAGAGAGCUAAAAGGCAGCGUAACAUGAGUAGCGUGAAUUUUGGCAGCAUUAGGAGCCUUAUUUUAAUUGGCUAAAGCCUUACAAUCCCUCUCCCUAUGAUUAGAAAUAUCAUAGGAAGCAAUGUAGGGAAUCAAGGUAGCAAUUGAUCUUUUUCUUGACACCUAUAUCUCAGCGCAGAGAAGAUAUAUGAAUUGGUAGCACUACCCACAGUCGUGGUUUCACUUGUCAUGGUUCCACUUCCCAUCAUGCAUUGGGCAUGGCCUUCAGUAUCAUUUACUGAAAGCUCAACAAAUACACUAGAUGGGAAUAUUUAGUCACAAUAUACAAAGUCACAAGUCUUUCUAUCCGUGGAUCCCUCUCACAGAAAGAAUGUUAAUAAUGUAAAUGCCAUCUUGAGGAUUUAUUGUCAUAAUAAAUACAUUACUUAUGUACUGUAUGUUGAAUGUAUAUAUUCGUCCGAGUUUUAGUCUUUUUUUUCUUAAUGCAUUGCCAAAAUGUAUAUGAUCGGGAAAAAUUAUCGGGAAUGAUUGGAAUUGAAUCGUGAGCAAAAAAAAAACAAUCGGAUCGGGAAAUAUCGGGAUCGGCAGAUACUCCAACUAAAAUGAUUGGGAUCGGAUCGGGAGCAAAAAAACAUGAUCGGAACAACCCUAGUUUUAAUAUAACAUUUCUAUAACUUGUACUAACAUUUAUCUUUCUAUCCAUGGAUCGCUUUAAGAGAAUGUUAAUAAUGUUAAAGCCAUCUUGUUGAUUUAUUGUUAUAAUAAACAAAUACAGUACUUAUCUACUAUAUGUUGAAUGUAUAUAUCCGUCUUGUGUCUUUCCAUUCCAACAAUCAUUUACAGAAAAAUUUGGCAUAUUUUAUAGAUGGUUUGAAUUGAGAUUAAUUACGAUUAAUUAGUUUUUAAGCUGUAAUUAACUCGAUUAAAAAUUUUAAUCGUUUGACAGCCCUAGUGUACACACCAACAACAAAAAAGAGUGGUGACUUGACAGUCCCUUCAGCCUGUAACUAUAAUAAUAAUAAUGAAAAUAAUAUUUAUAGUAUUGUACUAUGCAUAAUAUAUUAAUUAAUUAAUGAA